GGAGACGGAGGAGGAGGGAAAGGAGGAGGAGGAGGAGAAGGAGGAGGAAGGAGGGCGUUGAGCUCCGCUUGCACUCACACACAAACGCUGCUCAGGAUUACCCGCCUGCUCCCGCCGCGCUGUGCGCUUUUCCGCGCUUCGCGGCGCCCCCACAUUGUUCUCGCCGGACUCCUGGGUCCUCAGGGGCUGAAUUCGGGGCCUAAGCCGGGGAGAGGAGAGACUUGGCCUUUGCUGAAGGGUCGGAGCAUUGGGGCCAGGCCCCCCUCCCCCACGGCACUGUGCGGGGUGUGGAUUAUCUCAUCCCCGCAGAGGUGGGAGCGCACGCCGGCUGCCCGCCUCCCCCCGCCUUCUCGGCGGCGCCGGCCGCGGCAGCCCUGCAGUAUGAAGUGGUGCUGGCGGCUCCGGGCCGUGGCGGGGCCGCUACGGCGGCGGCUGCCGGCGGGGCACUGAGGCAGCCCCCGGGAGCGGCGCGGCGGACGCGCUUUCUUCUCCAGCGGAGAGGACGCGGCUGUAGUGAGAAGACUCUCUGAGUGAGCAGUUCACACAGAGCAUAGGAGUAAUGGCUUUUUUCUGCUCCACAAUGUCUUCUUGCUCAACUGGGAAUGGUUGAGGGUUGGAACUCUUGAUGCUGAAGGAUCCACUUCCAAAACUGUUUCUUCAAAUGUCUAGUGACAAAAGGAUGAGCUCAGCUAUAAUUGUUGAUCAGAGCACCUAUGUAUGUCACUUUAUAUGGCUUGGACUUCUCAUAGCAAAUUAGCUGGGUUUUGAAAGGAAGCAUCCUGAGUUUUGGAAAAGUUCCUUUUGGCAGCCAGUAUUUUUGCUUCAGUGUAGAACUGGACUAUGGAGUUCCCCACUCUGCCAUUCUGGAAGUGUUCCCUCCAUUUUUCUUUAGUGUUCUUAAAAAAUCAGAACAAAUCAAACAAGGAAGUUGCCUUUAAAAAGCAAAUUAACCGCUUGAAGAUUAGUCAGUUUGUAUUUCAGCUUAGAGCACCCACCUGUGUUAUAUCAUGGUCCCUACAAUAACCCUUUGAGAUCUUGUGUGAACAGUAAUGACCUCACAUUUCCGAUUGCCUGCUGGCAGAACCUACAAUGUACGAGCAUCAGAGUUGGCCCGGGACAGACAGCAUACAGAGGUGGUUUGCAACAUCCUUCUUCUGGAUAACAAUGUACAAGCUUUCAAAGUUAAUAAACAUGAUCAGGGGCAAGUUCUGCUGGAUAUUGUCUUCAAGCAUCUUGAUUUGACUGAGCGUGACUAUUUUGGUUUACAGUUGGCUGAUGAUUCCACAGAUAACCCAAGGUGGCUGGAUCCAAACAAACCAAUCAGGAAGCAGCUAAAGAAAUUGUUUUCAUUAAUUCUAGGAGGAUCUCCUUACAGUUUGAACUUUAGAGUCAAAUUUUUUGUAAGUGACCCCAACAAAUUACAAGAGGAAUAUACAAGGUACCAGUAUUUUUUGCAAAUUAAACAAGACAUUCUCAAUGGAAGAUUGCCCUGUCCUUACAGUACUGCUGUUCUUUUGGCUUCAUUUGCUGUUCAGUCUGAACUUGGAGACUAUAAUCAGUCAGAAAACUUGCCAGGCUACCUCUCAGAUUAUUCUUUCAUUCCCAAUCAACCUCAAGAUUUUGAAAAAGAAAUUGCAAAAUUGUAUCAGCAACAUAUAGGCUUAUCUCCUGCAGAAGCAGAAUUUAAUUACCUGAACACAGCACGUACGUUAGAACUCUAUGGAGUUGAAUUUCACUAUGCAAGGGAUCAAAGUAACAAUGAAAUUAUGAUUGGAGUGAUGUCAGGAGGAAUUCUGAUUUAUAAGAACAGGGUACGAAUGAAUACUUUUCCAUGGUUGAAGAUUGUAAAAAUUUCUUUUAAAUGCAAACAGUUUUUUAUUCAACUUAGGAAAGAACUGCAUGAAUCUAGAGAAACAUUAUUGGGAUUUAACAUGGUCAAUUACAGAGCAUGCAAAAAUUUGUGGAAAACAUGUGUAGAGCAUCACACCUUCUUCCGUUUGGACAGACCACUUCCACCUCAAAAGAAUUUUUUUGCACAUUAUUUUACAUUAGGUUCAAAAUUCCGGUACUGUGGGAGAACUGAAGUCCAGUCAGUUCAGUAUGGCAAAGAAAAGGCAAAUAAAGACAGGGUAUUUGCAAGGUCCCCAAGUAAGCCCUUGGCACGGAAAUUAAUGGAUUGGGAAGUAGUAAGCAGAAAUUCAGUGUCUGAUGAGAGGUUAGAAACACAAAGCCUUCCAUCACGAUCUCCACCUGGAACUCCUAACCAUCGAAAUUCUGCAUUCACACAAGAGGGAACACGGUUACGACCAUCUUCAGUUGGUCAUUUGGUAGACCACGUAGUUCGCAGUUCGCCAAGUGAAGUAUUUGUGAAUCACAGAUCUCCAUCUUCAACGCAAGCUAAUAGCAUUGUUUUGGAAUCAUCACCAUCUCAAGAAACCCCUAGAGAUGGGCAGCCUCCAGCUUUACCACCCAAACAAUCAAAGAAAAGUAGUUGGAACCAAAUUCAUUAUUCACAUUCUCAACAAGAUCUGGAAAACCAUAUUAAUGAAACAUUUGAUGUGCCAUCAUCUCCUGAAAAAUCUACUCCUAAUGGUGGUAUUCCACAUGAUAAUCUUGUUCUAAUCAGAAUGAAACCUGAUGAAAAUGGACGGUUUGGAUUCAAUGUGAAGGGAGGAUGCGAUCAGAAGAUGCCUGUGAUUGUGUCCCGAGUAGCCCCAGGAACACCUGCUGACCUUUGUGUCCCUCGAUUGAAUGAAGGGGACCAAGUUGUACUGAUCAAUGGUCGGGACAUUGCAGAACAUACCCAUGAUCAGGUUGUGUUGUUUAUUAAAGCUAGCUGUGAGAGACAUUCUGGGGAACUCGUACUUCUAGUUCGACCUAAUGCUGUAUACGAUGUAGUGGAAGAAAAGCUAGAAAAUGAGCCAGACUUCCAGUACAUUCCUGAGAAAGCCCCACUAGAUAACAUCCAUCAGGAUGACCAUUCUCUUCGGGAGUCAAUGAUCCAGCUAGCUGAGGGGCUUAUCACUGGAACAGUCCUGACACAAUUUGAUCAAUUAUAUCGGAAAAAACCUGGAAUGACAAUGUCUUGUGCCAAAUUACCUCAGAACAUUUCCAAAAAUAGAUACAGAGAUAUUUCGCCUUAUGAUGCUACACGGGUCAUUUUAAAGGGUAAUGAAGACUAUAUCAAUGCAAAUUAUAUAAAUAUGGAAAUCCCUUCUUCUAGCAUUAUAAAUCAGUACAUUGCUUGUCAAGGGCCAUUACCACACACUUGUACAGAUUUCUGGCAGAUGACCUGGGAACAAGGCUCCUCCAUGGUUGUAAUGUUGACCACACAAGUUGAACGUGGCAGAGUUAAAUGUCACCAGUAUUGGCCAGAACCCACAGGAAGUUCAUCCUAUGGAUGCUACCAAGUCACCUGCCACUCCGAAGAAGGAAACACAGCUUAUAUCUUCAGGAAGAUAACACUAUUUAAUCAAGAGAAAAAUGAGAGUCGUCAGCUCACUCAGAUCCAGUACAUAGCCUGGCCUGACCAUGGAGUCCCUGAUGAUUCAAGUGACUUUCUGGAUUUUGUUUGUCACAUACGAAAUAAAAGAGCUGGCAGGGAAGAACCUAUUGUUGUUCAUUGCAGUGCUGGGAUUGGAAGAACCGGAGUUCUUAUUACUAUGGAAACAGCCAUGUGUCUCAUUGAAUGCAAUCAACCAGUUUAUCCACUAGACAUUGUGAGAACAAUGAGAGAUCAGCGAGCCAUGAUGAUCCAAACACCUAGUCAAUACAGAUUUGUAUGUGAAGCUAUUUUGAAAGUUUAUGAAGAAGGAUUUGUUAAACCUUUAACAACGUCAUCAAAUAAAUAAGAAAGUAAAAGGUCUGGGAUAUGUGUUGGAAACUGCUUUCCAUUAUCUUCACUAUGUCAUAAUACUGCUUGCAGGAAAUGGCAUAUAAACAAAAAAAUGGAAGAACUAAAAAAACUGAAAACUUAGCACUGUUGCACUUUAUGUUUAAAAAAAUCACUCUCUCAAGAUCUAUAAUUCAUGUGUUUGAAGACUAUUUCAUGUUUUGCUCCGAACAAAUAGUGAAUACUGAGUGUGUUCAGGGUAAUUUAUGAAAUUUUGUGGUGGUGCCAUACAGUCCCCUUCUGGUAGGUGGCCACAAACAAGCCUAAGAAUUCUCAUCAUCUCUGUUAUACACGUGUAUUUUGAAAGUGAAAAAGAAGGAAACAUCAGGAGAAAGCUUGGUGUUUCCAGGGAUUCAUGUACUUACUAUACUGAUUACCAGAUUUUAUUUUUAAAAUUUUAGCAAUAUCAUUCUCAAUAUUAGCCAAUACACUGCCUAUGGAUGCAGCACAUCUUUCCCUACACUCUCCCUGUAGAGACCUGCUGUUCAUAAGGAGAAAGGUGGAAUUUGCUUUUCCCAGGAAAUGCUGCACAUUGUCCAUUUACCAGCAUCUUAUAGAAAGUAUAAAUAUGAAUCUACAGGUUUUCUUGAAUUUAAUAAUGUAACUUAUAUUUAUCAUAAAGUUGGCUUAUUCCAAAUCAUGUGAUUUCACAUACUUGAUGUAAAGGCAUGCAUGUGUUGUGUCUUAACCCCUUAAGUGCCUUGAGACAUCUUUGUAUGUCUAACAAAAAGGCACUCAUUUGACCCCACUAGGAGGUAUGUAUGUAUAUUGUACAUUUACAUUUUUAUGCAUUUUGAAUCAGUUCACAUUUCUGAAAAUAGCUUCUUGUAUUGAGAGUUACACAGUCAAAGAGGGGUAAGGAAAUUCUGUUUCUUACUCAAUUCCUGUAUUUUGUCACAAGAAGCAAAGAUAAGUGUUCUACUGAGUGAACGCUUUGCUGCUAUGGAAUUGUUCAAAAUCUGCACAUUCCUUUCCUGAGGGACAAUGGUUCUUUUUAGCAGCUCAAGUUAAAAGAUGCUUAUGCUUUAUUCUUUACACUUCUUAUUUUAUCCUAACUUUAGAAAUAGCAUCUAACACGUUGAAGUUAAACAUACAGAUAUGCUAAGCUAAAGUUGGAAAAAUUAAUUAUCAUUCAUAUCUAUCACUAAAUUAUUCUUCAACAUUCAGUUCAUUUUCAAGCUUUGUUCACACUGGUCUGUUGAUUGGGAUACUUCAAAGGAAGAAUGAAACAUCACUGACUUAUUUCUAGGUUUAAUCGCUCAGUAACUGAAAUGAGGGUUUUCUUGUCAUUUUGUGUACAAUUACUCCAGCUCACAUAAUAUAUAUACUUAUUAAGUUAUAAGCAUGUUAAUAAGGAGAGUUUUGAUUGUCUAGCCAGAUGGAGGAUCUGAUUCCCUUAGGAUAUGUAUAUUUUCCUCUCCAGGUUUUCUUUAUUUUUCAGUCUACAGAGAGAUUGAACUUUAAAAUUGCCCAGUUUUAAUGUAAGUGCAAAUUUGCUCACCUAUUGAAAUGUUAUUAUCGCACAAUUAUUUUAUAUUGAUUAUGGUUAAAAUAGACUCAUUUACUAGUGGUUUUUGAAUAUUUCUGCAUAGAUAAAAUUUAGAGCUAAAUGGUAGAUAUUUUGGAGUACCAUUUCUUAGGGGAACAAAUUGUACAUUUAAAAAUCUUUAGUGUACUCUAAAUGACCAUAGUUCAGAUAUGGAAAAUCCAUAAUAAUAAAAUUUAGAAAAUUAAGUACUAAACAUUAAUAGCCAAUGUACCAAAUAAAUUAUUGUAUUACAAUAUUUUUUACAUUUUAGAGAGAAAAGUAAACAUAACCUUUAUGUCAAAGAGAAAUUCUCAUCUAUAUCUAGAUUUCACAGUCAAGACAGUAUAAGAUAGUAAAUAACUAUAAUCUUAUUUGAACAUUCCAUUCUCUACCAACAGAUAAAUGUAAUUUAAGCUGCUGUAUAUGACAUGAUAAGUUGAAAAACAAAAACGUAAAAUUAUGUUGGGAGUCUGCAUAAUAAUUUUUGGCAAUUUUUCUCCAAAAUUAAGAAGAAAAUCUAUUCUAAUAGUAUGGACAGAAAAUGGCAACCGUAGAUUUAAAAAAAAAGACAGUUGUAUAGAUAUAGACAGAUAAAUGUCAUGGUUGGCAUGUUCUUUGAUUUAGGGCUUUGUUUACACUUCUGAGGAAAACUCUAAUAACUAAUUGGCAAUGAGCACUGCUGCCUUUUUUAGUCAUUAAUAUCAGUCUUUAAGUGAUUAUAUUAGAAGUUUAGAAUUGCAUUUAAAUUUCUCAUGUAUGAGUGUUUUAUCUAGAAGCUACCUACUGUUAGUAUUUUUAUGUACAGAAAAGAUCCUUUUUAAAAGGCAUAUGUAUUAAGACCUUUAUUAAACUAUCCUUCACAAUUUUAAAAAUGAAUAUGCCAAUUAUGCUUCCCUGUUUACUCAACAGGUAAGACUAUCCACUAUACCCAAGAAUUUUUCACUUUUUUACCAAUCUAAAUAGGUACUAGGAAUGAUCCUAGCUUUAUUAUGCCAAGUAGUUCUAGAUUCCAUUCAUAUCACUAUAAUACUCUGUGAUAAAAAUGCCAAAUUUCUUAUAUCUAAUCUACUACCCCCCUCUUUCAGCCCACCCCACCCCCAACCCAAACACAUACACUGUCAAGAAAUCAGUGUUGAUUGUUCCUCUCACAGCUGGAAUUUUGAUAUUGGUGAGUCAAGGGUCUUUUGUAAAUACUAAGAAAUGUUUGUGAAAACCUUUCUUCUCUGAUUUGGGAUGGUUUCACCAUGUUCAUUUCAAAUGUUUUAUUGAGCAUCUGAUUUUUGUCAGCACUGUGUACAUAAGGAUGAGGAAUAUUUUGGAAUAGACUACAUUCACAAGAAAAAUUGGUAUUAUUUGUUAAACCAAUGUAUCCAUUUAAAACAGAGGCAAAUUACAGAGUAAAUAGCCUAAGAAAUAAUUUUCUUUGUAUGGCCUGCUAACACAAGUAGGAGUAGGGAAAAGGGUUGUUUUGAGUAAGAAUAAGGAGAAGAUUUAUAUAUAUUAAAACUGACUUAAAAUAUAUAAAGGUAUAUACAUAAGCCAUUAAGACAGUUGCUUAAAGGUUUCAGUUGCUAGUAUAUAAACAGAUACUUUUCCAUGUUUAUAUAUUUGUGUAUUUCACAGAGGCUAAUGCUAACAAACAGGGGUAUUAGUUAUAGAGCUGUUCAUAAUCUUUUGGCAGAUCUGAUCAGGUCUAAUCAGGUAUCUGAGUAAAAGUCUUGUCUGUAUGAGAAGUACUAUAACUUGAGAGCUGAAGGAACCUGAAAGAUUUGAUCUAAUCUCACCUAUUAUUUCAGGUCACAUAAGUGAAAUCAUAAAUUCUUGUGAAUUUUAGUCUAUUUCAGCUCAAGAAUUAUACUCAGGCAGUGUUUUAAUUUAUCACUAAGAUGACCUUAGAAGAUGUCACUUAAUUUAGAAAAUAAGUAGGGUUUAAAAAGUUCUCCUAAUUAGGACCCUGGCUCGGUUUGCUUGCUAUGCUUCCGUGAUAGAACAUAAGCUUUUGUAAAGUAUUUAGGUUGAUAUACAUAUAGUAUGAAAACAUUCUGAAAUGCAAAUUAGAAGACUUAAUUUUUAAAAGCACUUAAAAAAUAGAGCUAAGAUUUAGAAGCUAUGUCCACUUAUAAUCAAAUGAUUUAUGUUCAUAAUGUGUACAUGUAGAAUUAAAGCAUUACUUGUUUUAUAUUCUUAUCAGGAAGGGAGAAAGAAACAAUGUUUAACAAUGUUCUAUUUAAUGUCUGUGUUUUCAAUAUUUAAUAUACUCUGAUGGUAAGUUGCCAAAGUAGUGUGAAUUCAUAAAAAUUAUUUAUACCACAGUAGUGUGGGAUAUGUUUACAUCUCUUUUAGUUUGUAGUAAUUAUUUUGUAGUUCAGGUGAACGUGCAUUUAAGUCAUAUAUAGUAAAUACAUUAUGAUAAAUAGUUGUUGGAAUAAACAUCUCUUAAUAAUAUGAUAAGGUAAAUUAUGCCACAGCUUACUUUUAUGUAAGCUGCCACAUUAACAGAGUAGCUGCUUUACACUGUCAUUGCUUACUUCCCACAUUUGUGUCAGCUGUCCAACCACAAUCUCUGCAACCAUUUUCUGGGGUGUGGGGUGUGGUGUUUACUCCAAGUAAAAUAUCUGUGUUAUAAAACCCACUAGAUCAGUUUUAUUAAAUAUCAGAAUUAUUAAUUGGUAAAAAUUAAUUCAUAUCUCGGUAUGAUCACAAAUUAUAAUAACUUUCAUGAAUUUCUUAGAGAAUUGUAUAGAUACAAAAUAAUUUACAUAAUAGAACAGUUUUGAAGGCUGGCUGCUAAUAGAUAAUUUCAGCAAUUUUAUCAAGAGUGCAUGAAAUUCAUCCCUAAAUUAUACGUUUUUGGCUCAACUUUAUAAUAUCUGCAACUAGUGUAUACAGACUUCAUUUAUUCUUAAUAGCAAUUACUACAACAAGCCUUUCAGUGUUAUCAAAAACAAGCCCUCUUUCAGUCAGAAAUCAGAUAUUUUAUAGUCUUGGUAAAGUUGUUGGUAAACACCAAAUAGUUAUUUCUGUUUCCAUAUCUAUAUUUGCUGCUAUUUAGUUGUAUGAUUUUCAUUGCAGUUCACAGUUUUUCUAAAGCGUUGUAGUCAUUGUUAUUUUCAUUUCAGUAAUCCAAGCAAAAUGGGCACCCAGAAGUAUCUACUGGGGUGCAAUCCAUCAAAGUUGACUAGAUACAGUUCAGUGCAUAAAUAAGUAAGCCAGUUUUUUUUUUUUAAUUUGCAAAGUGAAAGGUAUUAGCGAUAUUGCAACUUUAAAACUACAAUUUUAGGAGGAAGUUCUAAUGUUGAACUUCCUGAAACCAUUUAAAAUUUCUAAUACAAGAAUGAAAAUGUUUGUCCUCAUAAAAGUUUCAAUUAAACAGUAGAAUUUUCCUACCUAUUGUGUAAAGAAUACAGAAAAUAUUUUUCUAUGGGCAAAAGUAUGAAACUGUUAACUUCUCUUCAUUGUUUGAAAAGGAAAAAAUGAUAUUUGUAUGUCUUUAGUGCUGUAAAGAAAGUGAACAUAUCUUUCAAAUGUUAUAAGUAUGAUUUGAUUCUAUAGCUACUCUUUAAAAAAGUGAGGGAUUGAGAAGAAGGAAAGAAUGUGUUCCACUUCAUUAUAUAAAAGGCAAUUUUAGAAAAAAAAUAACUUUCAUUAUAAACAAGAGCAAUCAUUGAAAUAUAUUUAACUUAUAAUGUAUAUUCUUUUUCAUUUUGCUCCAUUUCAGCUCUAGAAUAGAAAAUUUCAAGGAAAUUUGUGCAGUGUUUUUAGUGUGAAGUAACUGAAUUCCUGACUUGUCUGGAGUGUGGAAGGGUGUUUUUGUGUGAGGGUAAACAUUUCUGCUGCUUUGUUUACCAUGAAGGAAAGAUCCCAGGCUUUGUCACUGUGGUCACUGCAAAUGAAGACAUCAUUGUGAAUGUGUGACUUUGGUGAAGCCAGAAAAGUGUGCCUAAAAUUCACCAUAGUAAAUAUGUGUAGAAGCCCCUGACAAAUAGUUCUACCUUUUUAUGCUCAGUAAUUUGGACAGAUACGAUCACUAAGCCCAACCCCGCCUCAUAGCAGUGGUAUCUUAAUGUAGCUUUGUAACCAGUUUGAUGGUUUAUUAACUCAGCUAAAAAGCAACAACAAAAAAAACCCUACAUUUUAACCUAGCUUUAGGCAUGAUUAAUUUAUUCAACAGUUUUUGCAAAAGGUAAUAUUUAUUACUUAUCAACCAUUAAACUUGACUCAAUGGGGCCUUCAUUAUUUCAACUACUGCUUCCAUUCCUCCAACUUUUAGAAAAAUCAUCAGCUUGCCCUCUAUGGUAGAAUCUUUGCAAAGUAAAUAUCCUCAACAACUAUAAAUGAUACCUUCCUUCAUUAACAUUUGUUAACAGUUGUUAUAAGAUUAGUAUCAAGUCCCCUUAACACUGAGAGUUUCCAAAAUUUAGCAAAUAUGAUAACAUUUACUAAAUGCUAAAUGAAAUUACCACCCUAAAAUGUUAAAGAAGGCUUGGCCCUGCUUACAGUUUAGACCCAAAUAAGGUGAGGAUUUGUCAUUUCCCCAAAUCCUCUGUAGUCACAAUUGAGCCCAUUUUACCUGUUACUUAAAAGAAACCUUUUAGUUUUUACUCCUGAAUUGUAGUGUUCCCAUUAUUUGUUUUCAUAGGCAAGAAAAUUUUAACCCAGUUUCAGUGCCAGUUCUGGGAUUCUCUGGUUCUCAUCUUUUCCCACCCUUCAGUGAGUUGACAAGAUUACUCAUUCAUUCUUGUAUUCUGUAGAGUAGGUCAGAUUUCAUGCUGAAAUUGAUUUCUUGAAUUUCAAAUAGUAGCACUUUAUUUAAUGCCUACUACUGACUUAAUUUAUACAUUUAAAAAUAAAAUCUACCCUAGGAGUUUUGUAAAUAUGGGAAAUUCUUAAUGGAUUAGUAUGUAGAACCCAUUGGAUUGGACCCAGUUUUAAAUGCUUCAUAAUGAUCUCUUGAUCAUUUAAUAUUAAAAGGUAACGUGAUUUUAGCUUUACCACUUUUCUGUAAUUUAUGUAGUGAAAUAAAUUGACUAUCUUGCUGGACUCUUGAGUUCUCUCAGCUAGCUUCAGCCAAGUUUGGUUUACUAUAAUCAUUUCUGCUUUGCAUUUUUGUACAUUACAUGAAUACUUGGAAAUCUGUUUAGUUUUGAGUUGUACCUAGGGGUUGUCAGUAGUGCACCACAAGUAAGUUGAUGUGGUAAAGUCCUGACACGUGACAUACAUGUCAAGGGGCAGGAUUUAAUAGACUAAAACAGUUUGCAUUAAGCUGUGUUCAUUUUCUGUCAUUAGAAUAUGUGUGCUGAGAAGAAUAAAAACUGUCCAACCCAGUGUUCCUAUAGUAUCAGAACAUUGCAAUUAUGCCACAUUGUGAUCUUUUUAAAUAAGAAAAGCUAGUCCUUAUUUUCUACAGUGUAGGCUUAAUUUUAGUACAGAUAGUUUACUAUAUACUCAUCAGUAAUAUUUUUAGUGGUUUUAAAAAUAAUUCUAUGUAGAGGGUGUUUUAAUUUGGUAUUUUUUGUUCUUGUAACAGGUGCUAUAUGUAAAUAUGAAGGGCAAAAAGUCACUUAUUUUAAAGUCUAGUUUAUUUCCUAAUUCAAAUAUAAUUUUACAUUUCUGCUGCCAUUUCAUGUUUGAGUAUGCUGAACUAGUACCCAAGUGGAAUUAGCCCCUUAAUUUUUUAGACUAACUCUCUUCCCCCAUUUCACAAAAAUAUCUCUUUGUAUAUGGUUUGUUCACGUAAUUAAGAGGCAAGCUUAGGGUUCAUUUAAAAUGUGUAAGCAUGAAUUUGGUCAACACUAGAUAAUUUAAAGGCAUCACUAUGCAUUUGUCACUGUGGCUUACUCCUAUGUUUGAAAGGCCUUGUAUUUUUGUCUUAAUUUCAAUGAAAAAUUGGAAUUCCUGCAAUUAAUGUUAGAAAACUAUGAAUACUAAUGGAAAACAGGAUAAAAAUGCUGGUUUGUGUUAAAACUGUUUUAGUCCUAAGGGCAAUUUAUUUUAUGUGAAAUGCUAUUUCACGUAUUCUGUUGGCAGUAUUCCAUUUUGAUUACGAAGUAGUUGUUCAGGUACAAACGUGAAAAAACUCUAGCUGUGACUUUUUAUUGUUCAAUUGCAAAAUAAAGAUGUGCUUUAGUAAUUUAAA